ACUAAUCCUAAUACUGGAACUAUAGCUCCGGACUAAUCUCAAUACUGGAACUAUAGCUCCGGACUAAUCCCAAUACUGGAACUAAAGCUCCGUAUCUACUAUUUUAAAGAAUCUAGCUAUUUUCAGCAUAGGCUGUGAUCCUACAUUUUUAUUUUAUAUAUUUAUAUUUACCACUUGUGACAGACAGAAUUAUUUUAUUUUAUAUUAAUUUAUUUUAAACCUUAUGUUUUAAACUUCUUAUAUUUACAGAUUAUUUAGACAAUGUCAUGAACAUUGGAAUUUAGAACCAAAAAGAAUGUUUGCACUUUUGUUCUGCCUGGUUGGGUUAGCAGGGGCGGGGGAACCUAGCUCCGCCCAUAAUUCUCUAGAUAACACAAUUGACUUGAUUAUGCCAGGCGCAAGGCCGGAGGUUGAUGAUAGUUAUCUCUGCUCCGCGUUUGAGGUGACAGAGAUGACCGGAAUACAAGAUUCUUUAUAUGUAACAGGAUUUAUACCUAAAGCAGAUGCUAGCAGGGCUCAUCAUAUGCUACUGUACGCUUGUAGUGAACCUCUACAGGAGCCAGGAACUGUUUACGACUGCAUGCAUCAUUCGUUGUGUAAGGGAGCUUCAUCUAUAAUGUUUGCCUGGGCUAAGAAUGCUCCUCCUACCACACUACCCAAGGAUGUUGGAUUCAUGAUAAAUCCAAUACAGAAGAAAUAUCUAGUUCUCCAGGUGCACUACGCCCAUCCCCUGCCGGAUUCUGAUAAUACAGGAUUAAGUUUAACCUAUCAGACAACUCCAGCUAGGUAUCAGGCUGGGAUCCUUCUGCUCGGAUCAGGAGCUGUCAGUAUCCCCGGAAAUACAGAGGUAACCCACGCGGAUGGGAACUGUAAACUUCCGGCUCAAGUUCCUCUUCAUCUCUUCGCUUUCAGAACGCACGCGCAUGCGCUUGGUUCUGUAAUCUCCGGGUACGCGUACAACGAGGAGAAGAAUGAGUACAGGGAGAUCGCCAAGGGGAAUCCACAGUGGCCUCAAGCCUUCUAUCCCAUGCAGGCAGUACAGACUGUUAAACCUGGAGAAACGGUUACUGUCAGGUGUACAUAUAACAGUACGGGUCGGGAUCGUGAAACCCAUAUCGGCAGCACUGCCGGAGACGAGAUGUGUAACCUGUACAUCAUGUUCUUCACGGAGCCGGGGAAGUCCGGGGAUUUCUUGGCGUGCUGGGGUGAGCAGGCCGGUCAGUUUAUAACCCGGGGCUUACCUGCGGAUAGUGAUGUCGCCCCUCCUAAGAACAAGGUGUGGGAGGACAAGGCCAAGGAUAGUAGUGUUAAUACAGGGAUAUCAGAGAUUAAUUAUUCACAGCUGUUCGCUGAGGAGCUUGAGAAAGGUGGAAGCAACAAGAAGGGUGGGGUGGAGGAAAAUACACUGAUGGUGGCUGACCUAAACUUCACAAUGCCAGGAGCUACCCCAUCCGGGGACGAUGAGUAUCUCUGCACCUCCGUUAAGGUGAAAGAUCUUGAUCCUAAGAACAAACUCUGGAUUGUCAAGUUCUCCGCUAUUGUCUCCGGGAACCGGGCCCACCACAUGAUUCUCUCCAAGUGCGAGCAUCCUCCUAAGAUGGAAGGAGAGAUCUACGACUGCCGGCAUCAUCAGAUGUGCCUGGAUCAGAGUAAGAUUUUGUUUGCGUGGGCUAAACACGCUGACCCUACCGAGGUGCCGGUGGAUGUAGGAUUCUCAUUGGACAAAGAGGAUUCUCUGGUUCUACAGGUUCAUUACUCUAAACCCUUGUCUGAUCCUGACUACAGUGGGCUAACCCUACGGUUUACGAGUACGGAGCCUAAGUACACUGCUGGAAUAUUUCUACUAGGACGGAGUAACCUGAAUAUACCAGCAGAUACUGAGACUACUCAUGGAGAUGCUAACUGCAAGGUUGAAGCUAAGAACCCACUGCACAUAUUCGCAUACCGCGCACAUGCGCACUCCUACGGGAGCGUGAUCAGUGGAUACAUGUACAACGAAGCUCAGAGAACCUGGAGUCUAGUCGCCAAGGGAAAUCCACGCUGGCCGCAAGCUUUCUAUCCUGUUAAGGAACAAAUCAUUAAUCCUGGAGAGGUUCUGGCUGCUAGGUGCUCAUAUAACACGACAGGGCAUCAUCAAAAUGUUAAGAUAGGAUCUACCGGAGAUGAUGAGAUGUGUAAUCUAUAUCUUAUGUUCUACUCUCUCUCCAAGACGGACGAUUUCAAACUUUGUUUCGACGAACAGAAUCCUCGACUAAGCAGAAUGCUUCCAGACGGAAACGAUGUUCCUCUGCCUCCAAACCCAGCCCUGGAAGAGGUUGCUCUGGGUCGGGAUGGGAAAAGUUUACCUGGAUCUGAUUUCUCUGUUGUCCCGAACUGGCCUUCAACAGCCACAGCUACCAGCCUAGGACAGAUCUCUGGGGUAACCAUAGAUAUCUACGGGAAUGCGAUCAUAUUUCAUAGAGGAGACAGAACAUGGAAUGGAAACACUUUCAACUAUGACAACACUUACGCAAUGGAACGGGAUUUACCGAUCGCGUUCGACACCGUUGUAACGGUAAACUCGACCGGGCACACCAUCAACAGCUGGGGGAAGGAUCUCUUCUUCCUGCCCCACAUGAUCACUGUGGACUCGGAGAACAACAUCUGGAUGACCGAUGUAGCUCUCCAUCAGAUUUUCAAGUUUGCACCGUAUGGUGGAGAUCAUAAACCUCUUCUGACUCUGGGGACCAGAUUCCAACCUGGAUCAGAUGAUAGCCAUUACUGUAAACCCACAGCAGUUGCCGUCAGCAAGGACGCAAAGACGUUCUUCGUAAGCGACGGAUACUGUAACUCCAGGAUUAUCAAGUACUCCAUCACCGUGACCGGGGACGGGAAGCAUGCCGUUAAUAAGAUCACGGAGUGGGGGAAAGGAGCAGGACCAUUCAGUAUUACAAAGGGACCGUAUAACUUCAAUGUUCCUCACGGUCUAGCCCUAGCUGAGGAUAGGGCGGAGCUAUGUGUAGCGGAUAGAGAGAAUGGACGUGUCCAAUGCUUUAACACCGAGUCAGGAGAGUUCACGAGAUCAAUUCAGCCUCCGGAGUUCGGAUCCAGGAUAUUCAGUGUUGCAUAUGCAAACGGAAAACUGCAUGCUGUUAGUGGUCCCGACUUUUCUCCGUUCGGACAGAAACCCAUGGGAUACAUUAUCAACAUGGAAACAGGAAAACUUGAUGGAACAUGGCAGGUUACUGACGGACUCCAGAACCCUCACGACGUUGCAGUCUCCAGCGACGGUGGCACCAUCUAUGUGGUAGAGCUGUCCCCCUUCAAAGUGUGGAAACUAAUGAACGGACAGCCUUCAGCUGCAGCCCCCACUCCGGUCACACCCUUCUCUACACCUAACCUGGCCCCUGCAGGAUCUCCGCAGCUGCCCAGCUUCAUGACCGGAGCAAGCAAACUUAUGCCCGAUGUUUCAUACUCUGUGAUAGUAGCUGCAGCGUUAUCUGUUCCCCUGACUAUUCUGAUAAUGUGCUGUCUGGCAAUUAGAAAAUGCAGGAAACGCGGGAAAGGUACAAUGAUGGAAACUAACAAACAGAAAGCCUGGGGUCUGGGAGAUAUCCUUGGACGGAGUAAAGAUGGAUUCCAACCAGUUAACACAGAGGAACGGGAUGGACUAGUCGGAGAUGAUUCAGACUCGGAGGUUGAAGAGUUCUCAGUUCCUGCUCUUCAUGCCUAAUUCUUUUAUCAUCAGUUCCUGCUCUUCAUGCCUUAUUCUUUAAUCAUCCGUUUCUACUCAUCAAGUCUAAUUGUCCAAUUCUCAGUUCCUGCUUAAUUCUUUAAUUAUCAGCCCCUGUCCUUCAUUUCUAACUACGCGAUCCUCAGUUCUUUUUCUUGCAAAAUUCCUUAACAAAUAUUGUUCCUGCUCUUCUUGCCUAAUUCCUUCUAUUUUCUGUUCACAAUUGAGACUUAAGAUUACCUCUACUGUAACUCCUGGAUUGAAUUCUCAGAACACGACAUGUGGCUGAACCAGAAAAUUAAAUCCUUUUGAACCAGAACACUUUUAAAAUGUCAUCCAAUCUAAGUUUACUUAAUCCAAAAUGCACUUCAAUUCACUUCUUAUAAUUUGGCUAAAUCUUAAAUUCAUUUUCUACAAAAUCUAGUUUACUUGUUCAAGCAUAAUACGAUGUCCUCAUAUCUUCAUUGUUAAGAAAGUUUGCUAAAAAUAGUUUUAAGAAUGUAAAUCUUGAAAUUGGGUGCUGGGGACUAUAAAUAGUUUUUUUUUAUCAUUUAUAUUUUCAAUUUUGAUUGAAUACCUUUAAA